GAGGAGAAGAAGAAGCGAAUAAUAAAUGGUAAAGUAAAAUGUUAUUAAAGACACUAUUAUUUUUCAUUCGUUUGAAAAUAGUUAGGCCUUCAGAGAAGGCCUUGAAGGCCCUGACGGUCCGCCACUGGAUCGGACUCAAGCGACGUCUCCUGGGCGGAAGAGAUUUCGCUCAAAGCUGAGAAUACAGAGCAGGUGGCGCCAUGCAAAACGUGUUACUUGCAAUCUACCAGUAAACAGGAAGAAGAAGAACGGGUGUCUGAGCAAGAUGGCGGCGCUCGCAGCGUUGAGGGGUCUGGCGCGGUGUUCUCCGCUCUUUAGGGAUGCUUCUCUCUUCCCGCGAGCCGCACGAUGCGGUGCCGGUAGAUCCCUGUGUUCCGCGGUUCAAGGCAACGAUGCUGUGUCCUUUUCGGAUCCUGAGGUCCAAGAGUUGCUGAAGAACAUGACGGGGUGUGAUGUGGAGAAAGUCUUUAGACCAGUCCAGCACGCAGCCCUGAAACCACCUACAUACAAACUACUAACAGAUCAACAGCUACAGGAGGCAGUGGAGCAGGCACGUCGACAGGCUGAGGAGCUACUCCGGAUGCCGCCUGAGCUGGAAGAGCGAGCGCCCAUCUCUGACCUUCUAUCCCAUGAUGCAAUACUGGAGGGUGCCGAUUCCGCCAAACUCAUUUUCACCGACAUCACACUCAAUGUCCCUCACAGGGAGCGCUUCAUGGUGGUGCGUGAGCCGUCAGGCGCCCUGAGAAAAGCAUCAUGGGAGGAGCGUGACCGCAUCCUGCAGAUCUACUUCCCCAAAGACGGCCGCAAGCUCACGCCGCCGGCACUUUUCGAGGAGGACAACCUUAAGAUGGCGCUGUCAGAGGACAGACAUGAGGAGGUGCUGCGCAGGAGCCUGGUGCAGUUUGAGCCCGACGCUGCGCAAUACAAGAGGGUGCAGCGGCUGGUGUUUGAGGACGUUGAGCGGUCAGGGAAGUUCGAUCUGCUUCGCUCCACGCGCUUCUUUGGAGGACUAGUGUGGUACCUGAUCACCGCCAAGCGCAUCGACACACUCCUGCUCCACAUGCUGCACAGAGACCUGCUUCAGGACGCUGUGUGUUUGGUGCGUCUCUUCCAUCUGCUUCAUCCACAGUGUGAGUCCGCCAAGCAGGCCCAACACACACACGCCACGGGCCUGGAGCUGCUGAAGCUCUACGGCGAGAUGGACUCUCAGAGGAGAGGCGUGAUCGAGUUGGCCCUUCAGACAUAUGAACAAGCUGCUGCUUUAAGCACUGCUUAACACACACAUACACACACUUUGUGUUUUGUGAAAUUCAGUUGCGCUUUGUAAAUAAAACCUGCUUGUACAGA